CAUUGCUGUCUGCUACUUAGUUUGCCCUGCAGUCACGCUGAUCCGCCCUCCAGAGCAAAUACUACCCGCAGGCUGCGCUGUCCACACCAAGCAUAGAACAGGCUGCCAGCUCGCAGGCAUCAGCGUCGCUGCGAUGCUCGCUACCGCCACAAAAGGCAGCAAGCUGGAUCUCUCCAAGCUCACAGAUGAGGAGGCCAAGCAUAUUUGGGAAGUUGUGCAGAGAGAUUUUGACUUGAGGAAGAAGGAGGAGGACCGACUUGGGGAUUUAAAGACUAAAAUUGAAAAAGAAGACACCAAGAGGGAGUUGCUGGGUAACCAGAAUAGCCUGGUUGAGUCCCACUGUAUUCGAUGUCUCCAGCCCUUCAAGUUCCUGGUCAACAGCAAGCGCCAAUGUCUGGACUGCCAGCUCUUCAUCUGCAAGUCCUGCAGUCUGUUCAACAAAAAGGAGCUCGGCUGGGUGUGUGAUCCCUGUCGCAUGGCCAGAGUUCUCAAGAUUUGCACCCUGGAUUGGUACCACGAAAAUGUCCGUGGUCGCUUUAAGAGAUUCGGCAGUGCCAAGGUGAUGCGUUCACUCUUCAAGAGGUUGAGCGGGGAACACAGCUGCUCUCAGACUGAUCUAGAAGAGCAUAACGAAUAUGAUACACAGAGCAUACCGGAUGUCCACAAUGGAGACGAGAAGCACGGCAUUGAAGCAACAGAUUCACAAAACUACAAGGGGAGGAAAAAGACCAAAAGGCGGUUAACCGUGGACCCGUUUGACUUCGAAAUGGGCUGCGACUACUUGGUCGAAUCGAGAGGACAGACAAAGCAGGCAGCGGUCGCCCAAGGCAUCCUGUACCUGGAUGUCGGUGACAGGAAGUCAACGCUUGCUGAGGCCAACGCGCCAUCUGUUUUCCACCGGAUUCUCAAGGAGCAGCGUGAAGGUCUGGACCUGGGAGUUGCUGCACAGCAAGAUGACCUCGACAGCCAAACGAUUGCAUCUCGCUCGGCGUCCCGGCUCAGCUGCUCCUCCUGUGGCAGUGGGAGUGCAUGGUGUCCCCAGGGAGCCAGCAGCUUCCUGCCGGGCCCUGAAGACUCCGAGGAGGACGACCACUGCCAGCUCUACCCGGUCUACCAGUCUCACCUUAGGCCCCGCAGCCACACCUCUCAGGAGAGCCUGACCUCAGCCAACCCCGCACCACAGAUUACUGACCUGAACAGACGCAUGUCAGCCAUUGAGACCUUUUUGAACCACCUGGAACUGAACGUCACCUCAACAUACCAUGAGACCAGCCAGGCUCCGACUCCAAACAGCACCUCUCCUCCACCUCAGUGUGAGGAAGUGGACUUUGAGGAGCAGCAACUGAGACAGAAGUUGCACGAGAUGACGGACAACAUCAGUGACCACGGCCUGAGCUCCGACGAAGACGAGCCAGGAGGGCAACCCUCCUCCCAGGAGAUCCCAGCAUGGAGGAGCCAAGAGGGGGACGCCAAGCCCAGCAGAAUACCGACUAGACCCACAUCCAGAACAAGCAUUGUUCUCUGCAGACUUGAGGAGGAGCAUCGUCAGCUGACUGAGUCCCAGAAGACCAACCAUUCCUCUGACAGCCUGGAGAGGAAGUGCCCCCCCCUGGAGGACGGGUCAAAGGCAGCCUUCAAAGGCUCCACGGCCUUACUGGUCGAGCUGGAGGACAAGGUAGCUCAAGCAGCAGCCAGCGUGCAGAGCGCUCAGAGUGAGGUCUCCUACAUAGAGAACAGGAUUGCUGCCCUGAACGCUGCCGGCUUGCCUGUGGAUAAGAAAAGAAAGUCUGCAAUACCGAUCCAAGCAAGAAGACUCUCCUACAACUUUCCCACAAGCCAGGUGGACAGGUUUGUGAGAAACUCCUUCUACAGGGGCUCCCUGACACAGAGGAACCCAGUGGCCAAGGCCCAGACCAAGGCCCCCUGUGCGAAGCCAGUAAUGAUGCAGGACUCAUGAGGAGGCUGAGCAUCAUGUGACCACGGCCGUUGUUUUAACAGUUCAUCGUGAACGGAAGUCAAUUGAAAUUCCUUUUCAAACAUCAGAAACUGUCCGUUGGCAGUCAAUAUUUAUAUUCAAAACUGUUUAAUUGUGAUACUGUUUUACUAUUUUACCAUGCUAGAUUUAAUGGAAAUACACAUGAUACGUGCCAAUGUUUCAAGACCUGCAUCGUUGAUGAUUUGCCCCCAUUAAUAUGCACGUAAACGCAUUCGCCCUACUUUGCAAAAGUCUUCACAUUUUCCUGUUUUAAUAUGAAAUCUUAGUUAUUCGUUCCAGUGUUCACACAGUAGACUAGAAAUGAAAAGGUUUCUAGAUUAAAGCAACAUUCAAAAUUAUGCUAUUUGUAGUAAAAUCUUUGCAAUAAGUAAAAUUAGUCAUUUAAAAAUGACCCUUUUUGCAUAUUUUUUGUUUUGUUAAUUUCUGCUUUCAUCACAGUUGCUGGGCUACAAUCACUAGAAAGAUACAUCUCUGAAUAUAUAAUAGGUCUGUUUUAUGUGGUUAGUUAAAUAGCAAUUUAUAUGAAUGUAAUAAAUAUAGACAUAUAUGCACAGUCCUUGUGUGUAUUAUUGCACAUUAUCAAAAUUAUAUUUUUAGUAAACUUGAAGUUCAUGAUAUUGUUUAUCUAUAUAUUUAAUAUUUAAUGAGAUGAUGUUUUACUACUCAGUCAGCCAUUUUAUAUUGCGAAUGUUUUGGAUUAUUUCAAUAGUCAGCGUAUGCUACAGUAGAUGGAGCCUGGAGCGUGAAGCAAAGUGCUGCUGUAGGGGGGCAAUAGGUAGACCGACAUAAUCUGAAGCCGCUCUCUGCGCUCUGUUCAAAGCCACCUCAAAAACAACCAUGUCAACGCUCAGAAUUCAAGGAUUCUGGUCUCCCGCUGCCGGUCAGUUACUUAGUUAAUGAUACUGUGUCUGACCCUUUAAAAUAAGUCACACGAUACAUAAAAGUACUACUCUAGUGAGUGGAGAGAGCAUUGACAUUGGCUUCAGUCUCCAUCAUAACACGUGAAUUUGAAUAUUACAUAAUUAUUAAAUUAUUUACAAACUAAA